UAAUGGAGAACACGUGGUAUAAAUCAUCCAAUAUUUCGCUCAAAAAAUCGCCACAAAGUGACCGUUGAAUUCUUUGUCUUUCGACCAAGUAGGAGAGAGUGUGAGUCGAACCAGAAAUAAAAACAUCAAAGAUGGCGCCUUUUGGACAUAUCAUAGCUCUCCUUAGUAUUUUCGUUGUAUAUACAGAGUCUACAAUCUUACACAAAAAAUAUUACCAUCCGUCAAAAUUUGGAAAGAGAGGACAUUUUCCCGGUGGAUUUAAGGGGUUAGGAGGAACCGGAUAUGGCCAUUAUGGACCAGGAUUCCAAAAAGGAUUUGGCGGUAAAGGAGGUUUCGGGGGAUUUGGCCAAGGAAAAUAUUAUCAACCAGGGUUUCAAAAAGGAUUUCACAAAAACUUUCCAGUAUAUCAUAAAGUUUACAUUAAUAAGCCAGUUUAUAGACCAGUCUAUAGAGAUGUUAAGGUACCCGUUCGUGUUGGACAACGGCCAAAACGACUCAAUCCUAAUGCCUGGUACGGUAAAACAGGAGGACCGACUCCGGUCGCUCUUCAGGCACGUGCAGGAGGAGUACAAGUGUCACGUGGUCCAGGCGCAGGCGGAGUGUCAGGUGGGCCAGGCGGUCCAGGUUUUGCAAACAUUGGAGCGGACGUGAACAUCGACCUGAAUGGACCUGGUGGUAUUGGACCUGGCAGUACUGGAUCUGGUGGUCUUGACUUUAAUGUUGACAUCGGAGGAGGUCCUGGGUUCGACCUUGGAGGACAAAAUAUCGAUAUGAACCUGGGCCUUCCAGAUCUCGGAGGUGUCGGCUUGGAUGUGGGCUUGGAUGUUGGUCUUGGUGGAGGGCUUGACGGUGCCGGUAUUGGAGGAGAUCUCGGUGCACUUGGACUAGGGAUGGAUAUGGGUGGCCAAGGCUUCGGUGAUCUUGGCAUGUCUGGUGCAGGUCUUGGUGCAGGCGGUGCAGGUCAUGGAGUAGGCGGUGCAGAUCUCGGUUUUAAUGCUCCCGGUCUUGGAGAGUUCACUGCCCCUGGUUUAGCCGGAUUUUCGCAAGCUCCACAGGAAACAGUUGUCACAAACACGAUCAUGCAGAUCACUGAUGCAGAUCACGUUGUUACAAAUACAAAUUCCAACUCCGCAAGUAGCCAAAGCCACAGCUCAAGUGUGUCGUUGAACACUAACCUAGGCGUACAUGAUGCUGACACAGUAACAGUAAAUGGGAACCACGGUGCAGGUGCUGGUCAUGGCGCUACUGGCCUUGGUCAUGGUGGUGCUGGCCUUGGUCACGGAGCUGAUGCCGGUGCUGAUCCUUUGGCCCAGUUCGGACUCGACCCUGGAGCACUCGGUGGUGCCGGGGCAGCCGCUUUAGAUCUGGCUAGUCUGCUUGGAACUCCUGGAAUGGACCCCGUAGCAGGUGGACUAGGUUCAGGUGGUCUCGGUGCAGGUGGGCACGGUGCAGGAGGUCACGAUGCAGGUCAUUCAGUAGGAGGUAUUGCACCAUUUAGCGGCGGUGCAGGAGGCGGACCUGCCGGAGCUGGUGCAGGAAUGGGAUUAGAUAUUGGUUUUGGGGGCGGAGCUCAAGGUGGUGUAGGCGGAGCUUCAGGAGGAAUGGCAGGCUUUGAUGCAGGCGCUUCCUUUGGUGCUGGAGGUGGAGGUCACGGAGUUUCGAAUCCAUCAGACCACCAACUGGCAGGUAUACUAGCUGGACUUGGUUCAGGUGCCGAUCAAGUAGCAACGGCAGCCACACACCAAGGGCAACAAGGGGUACUAGCUGGUGAACCAGUAGCCAUUGUCAGCCUCGGAGACCAGCAUCUAGGCGGUGGCCAUUCGAGUGGCGGGCAUGGUGGUGCAGGAGGUGGCCACGGCCAAAUAGGAGCUGGUCCUGUCGGCCUUAACCAUGGCUCAGCGGGUGGUCAUGGCGGCGGAUCAAUGGGCGGUCAUGGGGGAUCAGGUGGCGGUCACGGGGUAUCAAUUGGAGGUCAUGGUGGCAGUUCCUUUGGAGGUCACGGAUCCAUUGGCGGUCACUCAGGGCAUGUGUAAAAGUUUCAAAGCACUUUCUUUGUGCUAAGACUGGAAAAAUAUUGUGUCGUCUGCUAAGACAGUUUUGAAAAGUGAACGUUUCUAGACAGGGAAUACAACAAAAUGGAAUAUGAUGACAACAAUAUUCCAACAAACUGUAUAUAUUUACGAAGAAGUCGUGAAAUAAAGAAGUGUUGAUGACGUAUUAAUUUUUGAAAUAUUAUAUUAAGUUUGAAAGUUUUGAUACACAUUUUGAUGCGAAAAUUCAUAAUUAUAUUUAUUGUAUUUUAAUGGCAGUAUAGUUUUGAUGGUUUAAAAUCUUUGAUUUUCUUGGUAUUCAAAAAUUCAUUUGAAAAGUACAGUUGUGAAAUCCGUGUCCUGUUCUAGGUAUUUUAAAUACGAAUCACAACUAGUUAAUUUAUGCACAUUUCCUGUUUAAUAUUACUGUUGUAAAUGUUGGUGCUAC